AUGGCCACAGCCACCACCACUUUACCGAUAACCCCCUCACGGGCCAGUCGCUUCACAAGUGUCAAAGACAUGCUCCUCCUCACAGAUGACCUCGAAGCAUCGCUUUCUCCACCAAAAAGCAUCAAUCCACCAUCCACAAAACUAAAACGCCCAAACAAAUCCGCCAUCUUAUCCCGUAAAUCCACAAACUCCCCAUCCCUCCUUUCAAAAAAUGGUAAAAUCUUUGGAAGAGCUACGAAACCAUCGUCUACAUCCAAUAUUUCAAAACCCAAAACAAUAGACUCAUUCGAUGUCUUUGCGAUCCCAUCUUCGCAACCCGAGGAAGAGGAGGAAGAGACAAAGGAAGGACUCCUUGGAGCCCCUCCGAAAGGAACAAAAGACCUAUACAUCCCCGCAAAACGGCUAUGGACCCCCAUAAAGGAAAACGCCCGACCAGAAGUUAUCGACCUCUGUACUCCGGACGAUGUGGCAAAAGCAACGGCGACAGGCUCAUUCGUCUCGCUGUUAAGCUCUUAUAAACAUCAAGACGUACCCAAAAUUAACGGUCUUCACAAUUCGACGAGUUGUGAUGAGCCGCUGAGGAAGGGAAGGUGUAUCGGACUCGUUAAUAUUCCGGGCAAUAGAAAAGGUUCUUUGACGCCGUUGGCAGAGGAACAACAAAGUGAGGAAUUAGUCUCAAAAGUUACUGCAAAAGCUGCGUCAAAAUCAAAGAAACCGAAAACAAAGAAGGGUGCAAAGACGAUAACGGGACUGGCAGUGGCACCGUAUCUCCCUACCGAUGUAGAGCCAAUUGCUCCUCAGACCCUCCCUGAAACAUCUGUGGAGGAGCCAGCGAAGGAACAUAAACCAAAGAAACCCCGCAAGAAAAGAGAGACUUCAACGACGAAGACACCAAAGCCGAAAAAAGUCUCCAAAAAGUCAGAAGUUCAGCCGCCCCUUCUAUCGCCAAAGUCCGUACAAAAGCAGAUGGACACACAAUCAUUCAUCUUCGGAACGUCGUCACAAUUACUCGGAACUGACCCUCCAGAGGGAGGCUGGGCGCUGGAAACGGCGGGCCAAAAGCUAAACACAAUACAAACGCACGCAAAGAUUCAUGCGAAAGCUAGAUGGGACUUGGACAAUUUUAGUGAUACCGAGAAGGAAGUUGUAGAAAAGCCCGUAGUGCAGUCAGAAUGUGCUGUGGAUACAUCUGGAUGGGGAAUUUCUGAUCUGGAUAUAACAAAAGUGAAGAUGAAAUCCGGGAUGGGGAUAUGGUCAAUAGGGUCAAGAGGGCUAUCGGGAGAGUUGCACUCGGUUGAAGUGAUGAAUCUAGUUGAUGAGGAUGAUCUAGAUGACAUUUUGAGCCAGAGGUUGCCAUCACAGCAGCCGAAAGCAGCAAGCUCAAAAGUACAUAAGGAUCCCAAACCACAAACCAAAGAAGCUACGAAGGAGAACACUGCACCCUUGAUACCAAAAGAUCUACCAGCUGUUCACUGGACUCAACUCCCUACGCCCGAUUCAACAAACCCAGUCCCCGAAUCUUCAAAGCCGAAAUCUAAAAAAACGGAUGAAACUACCAAACCGACGGGGUUAUCUAACCGCCCUAAUUUUGAAGGGUUCACCAUGAUUCAAUUGCAAAUCCAGAUCAAACAAUACGGCUACAAACCCGUUAAGUCAAGAAAGACAAUGAUCGAUAUCUUAAACAAGUGCUGGGAUUCCGCGGAGAUCAUGAUAGCGAAUCCGCCAUCACCUGUGGUGAUUAAACCCAAAACAGUAGCAAAGGGGAAGGGAAAGAAGAAGGCAGCCGCUGGUGAGGAAGUGGAGGUGGUUCCCAAGAAACGAGGGAGAAAACCAAAGGCCACAGCGGAACCUGAAGAUGAGAUGGAGGCCCCGAAACCGAAGAGAAGAAAGUCCUCAACUGUCGCGCCGAAAAAGAAACUUGAUACUUCGACAGUAUUUAAACACAUUGCAGCAGCUAUCAAACAACAGCCGACUUCACCAGAUCUCCGAAAUCCCUCGUGGUGGCAGAGAAUACUUAUGAAUGAAACGAUUGUGCUUGAGGAGUUUUCAGAGUGGCUGCUCGACAGUGGGUUGCAAGCUGCGGGUGUGGACGGGAGUAUUUGGGUCGAUUGCGGGGUGUGCGAUAGUUCUACGGAUGCUGAUUCCACAAAGAAGAAAGAAGAUGUGGUAAAGCUGUGGUGUGAAGCCAGGAGUGUGUCCUUCGUAGAGAGGGGUGGAAAAUAA